AAAUCGGUUUGUGCUUUAAGGGCUUAUUGUUUUUUUCCCUUUCAGAGCCAUGGAAGAUCGAGGGCAAGACCAUGGCUUGGAGAGAAAUGAACCAGUGAGGUCAAGGUGGACUCCAAAGCCUGAGCAAAUAGUCAUACUUGAGUCCAUCUUCAACAGUGGUAUGGUAAAUCCUCCCAAAGAUGAAACUGUGAGGAUAAGAAAAUUGCUGGAGCCUUAUGGUUCUGUUGGGGAUGCAAAUGUCUUCUACUGGUUCCAAAACCGAAGAUCGAGAUCUAGACGUCGGCAGCGCCAGAUUCAGGCCAGCCUUGCUGGAGAUCGAGGAGCUCAGGCACAUGCUGGUGGUGCAAUUCACUAUCAAAGUAACCUGAUGCCGCCUUCUGCUUUUGUUCCGUCUUCAUCUUCUUGCCUCGUCGGUUCCUCUUCAUCAUGCGGUGGUAUGAACGAUGAUGGUGUCGAUAAUCUCUUUUCAUUCUCCGGUCAAGUGGGUCUCCAGGAAAUGGAGCACAGCUCUGGUGUAACAUCAACCUUGUGCCCUUCAAACACCUCCAAUUUGCACUACCAAUCUGGAUGUGUUACGGUGUUCAUCAAUGGGGUUCCAACUGAGGUUCCAAAGGGAUCAUUUGACAUGAAAGCUAUGUUUGGCCAAGAUUUCGUGUUGGUCCAUUCCUCGGGAGUGCCUGUUCCUUUCAAUGAAUUUGGCUUCUCAAUGCAGAGCUUGCAACAUGGUGAAAGCUAUUUCCUGGUUUCAAGACACAUGUAAACAAAUAUUAAAGCGAUGCACCGACCAUCAGGAGCUUCCUCUAUCUGGGUUCAAGAUACUAGAGCCGUAUCUAUAUUCGCUUUCUGCAUCGUAUAUAUUCUUUUCCCUAGUUUUGCUCACUUUUCUUGUUUUCCUCCUAUCGAGCUGGGUACUACAUCUUGAUGUUACAUUAUCUAUUUAUAUAUAUAGAACCUCCAUAUCAGAGAAAAAAUUAUUGUAUGGGCUCUUUUGAACCCUAGAUAUCAAUGCAAACCUAAGAUCUGUAUUGUCUAUCCAUGAGAAUUAGUUGCUAUA